AUGAAGAGGGGUGUCUGCAGUGCAAGGCGCAACACUGAGGUCGUGGCAUUACGACACCAGAUACAGGAGCUGCAGAAGGAUAACAGGGACAAGUCAACGCAGAUUGCUGGCUUGGUCGCCUCCGCUGGUGGGCAAAUAUGCAAAGAGGAUACACACGAAUCACCUCAAUGACGUGCACGAAUCACCUCAUGUGGUGUGGUGCUGCGGGACAAUCAAAUAAAAUCCAUGCAGGGCGCAUGAGGGCGGAGAACUCCUCCGACGUUCUCAAUCUCAGGAGCCUCCUGAAGGAGUCCCAGAGACACAACGAUGCCUCUCUGCGGAGCAUGAGGAUGGCUGAAAACAAAAGGGAGUCGCUGAAGCGAAUUCUUGAGGAGGAGAUCGCCGCCUCGAGGCUGAAGGUAAUUUCGUCGAUGAACACAUGUGAUUCGCUGCGUGCCACAUCCAUUCACUCCUUGUCUCAAUGCAUUCAUGUGUGCAGGUAUGCUCGCUGGAGACGGAGCUGGCCAAGGUCGUUGCCGAGAGGGACGAUGCGCUGUGCCACAUCCAAAGGUUCUUCAUAGGGGAAAAUGUGUGGGUGCUUGGCGCGGCAGGGGUUUUCGGUUGGAGGUUGUGUCUGAACUCCUUGCAGGUUGAACGAAACCGUCCGUGCACUCCAGACGGCAUAUGACGAGCUAUGCGGAAGGUUCCGCGCGAUGAAAGAGGACCGAUCCGCCCUCGUACGCAUCCAAACACAACACUCGCAUGUCUCCUUGUGAUGCUGCUACUUGAACAGUACGAGGAGUUGAAAUGCCCCUCCCGCCCAUCCACUAGCUCUGUCAGCAACGUCUCUCGCUCUCUUCGGCACGCCACACAGAGUGUCCCCAAGCCGACCUCACUUUUGCAGCGCAUCCGAGGACAUCACACCAAUCCCGCCUCGCCCACGCCUCCAACUCCCACCUCAUGCAAGCCAGUGAUCCGCAGCGGCCGCGGGGCACUGGAUGACAUGCCCACUGUGGACACAGAGGCGCCUCAUGAGGAGGAAACAGACGACCUGGAGGGAGAUAAUGCCACCAACGCGAUUAAAAGCAGCUACGAGUCGCCAUCUGCCAAGACUCCGGGCUGCUUUGCUAUCUCGUCUCUCAAGGCGCGAGUGCAGCUGAGCGGGAGAUCGUGUCGGAGCAAACAGGAGAGGGCCUACACGCAUCACCAGCAGCGUGACCGGCAGGAACGUCGUUCAGGCCCCGAAAACGUCAUCAAAUCCACAGAAGGUCGUCCUCAAAAUGCGCCCUCAUCGCUGGCUGCGGACGCCCGCUCACUCGCAGCAUCGAAGACGUUCCAACAAACAGACACCGCCCUUCAGCAGCGUCUCACAGCGACGUUUUUGGCGUCUCAAGGCACCACGCUUCCAUCACUUGCUGCUUUGGUGGCAGACCCAAUGCCCAAGAAGGCCGAGCAGAAGCCGCCGUCAAGUCGCCGACUGCCGCCAGGAGUUGGCAGAAUCGACGACACGCCCUCACCGGAGGUGCAGCCGUCGGCAAAGGCGCCAGGCGAUGCUUGGCCGGGCACAGCCAAUGAGACAGGA